AUGCUGCUCAGCCAGCAUCCGCCUAAAAUGGGGUGGUCGGGAGCCGUGGUGUCGUGUUGCUGGUAUAAAAAGCAGCUGCGAUCCCCGCCGCCGGUCAGAACGGCUUCAAACAUAAGUGACGUCGCCCAACUGGUUUACCGAUUGGAUUGGAUUGGAUUGGAUUUGAUUAUAGAAUAUGUGUUGUGGAAGAGUGAGCUAUUGUUUACUGAUGGUGAUGGAUUGUUGAAGCGAUCAUUUUGGUGA